AUGGCUUCUCAUGGUGGUAACAUUAUGCCCUCUGGCAUCGAAAUCCGACCCCUCUAUGCUGGAAUUGCACUCGCCCUUGUAGGCGGACUGUGCAUCUCCCGCCUCUCCUCCCCCUCAAAGGACGGCAAGGACGCUCCUGGCCUGUUCAAGUCCUUCUUCCUCUUCUUCUACUCUUCCUUCAUCAAACCGCACCAGGGAGACUCCAAGGCCAACCAGCAGGAUGCCCUCGAGAGUUUCUACAAGACUCAGGCUGGCGCCUAUGACGCCACUCGCAAGGUCCUACUCCAUGGACGCGAGGAUAUGCUCGGCCUCGUCGCCGCCCAGCUCGAGUCCAAGGCGCUGGAGAUGAAGGCCGCUGGCAAGAGCCAGAACAGGCGAAUUUGGGUUGACAUCGGCGGUGGCACUGGCUGGAACAUUGAAGCCAUGGCCCAGUUCGUCAACGUCCCCGAGUUCUUCUCCAGUGUCUACCUCGUCGACUUCUCCCCCUCCCUCUGCGAAGUUGCUCGAAAGAGGUUCCAGAGGCUUGGGUGGAACAAUGUCACCGUGGUUUGCGAGGACGCUCGCAAGUUCCGGCUCGAGGACUAUGAGAGUGGCAUGCCGGUGGUGCAGAACCCGCUUCGCUCUCCCAUGCUCAGUUACUUCAAGCAGCAGCGCCCGGAGCACGGCGGUGCCGACCUGGUCACCAUGUCUUAUAGCCUGUCCAUGAUUCCCGACUACUAUUCUGUCAUUGACUCGACUACGUCGCUGCUGUCUCCGCACGGCAUCAUGGGUGUUGUCGACUUUUAUGUCCAAAACAAGAUUGACUUUUCGUUCCGCAACUACACCGGCGGCCUCGUUGGGCGCCACGUCAAUACCCUGUCCCGCGUGUUCUGGCGCGCCUGGUUCGACUUUGACCGGGUCGGUCUGGAGCCAAGCCGCCGCGACUACCUCGAGUACAAGUUUGGCACGGUCCUCAAUAUGAACGGCCGGAAUCGCACGCUGGGCUACAUUCCGUUUUACGUCUGGGUUGGCUGCCACAAGAAGCCUUUUUCGCCGUCCAGCCUGCCUCACGAGAUUAUCGAGCGCAUCGACGCGCUGGCGACCGAGUCUCCGUACUUGUACCCGGUCAACCAGGGAGACGCCUUGACCCGCGCCAUUGAGAGGUCCGCACCGGAGAUCCGCUCCAAGGCGUUCAUUACUGCCGCGCAGAACCUGUCGGCUAACCUGCCUCUGCCUUCUUUCUUCUACCAGAACCACCACUGGCGCAUCUACUACGACGACCAGCUGAAGAAGCACACGCAGUUCAACAACGAGUACAUCUACGCCUUUACCUGGGAGGAUGCUCGCGUUGAUGAGCGACUCCUGAAGCUGGGGCCGGAUGACAAGGUCCUUGCAAUCACCUCGGCCGGAGACAACAUUCUUUCCUACCUUGCCCAGAGCCCGGCUCGUGUCCACGCGGUCGACCUCAACCCUACACAGAAUCACCUGCUGGAGCUCAAGGCGGCCGCUUACACUGCGCUUCCCUACGAGGACUUUUGGAAGAUCUUUGGCGACGGCAAACACUCCAACUUCCGCGAGCUCUUGGUGUCCAAGCUUUCUCCUCAUUUGUCUAGUCGCGCGUUUCAAUUCUGGCUCGACAACGUGCAUGUUUUCCAGAACGCUGGCGGGUAUGGCCUCUACGACACUGGCGGUUCCCGCCAUGCCAUCCGCGUGUUCAGGUGGGUGGCACGCCUCUUCGGCCUACAGACCGCCGUGAAGCAGCUCCUCACGGCCAAGACGCUCAACGAGCAGCGCGAGAUCUGGCGCCAGAAGAUUCGCCCCGCGCUUCUCUCCAAGCUCGUCUGCAACCUCGUCGUGGCGCAGGAGAGCUUCCUCUGGACCGCCCUGGGCGUGCCCAAGAACCAGCUCGCCAUGAUCGAGGCGGACCACGCCGAGUCGGACCUCGUCAAGGGCGACAAGCCCAAGGCGAAGAACACGCGCUCCCACGCCAUCUGGCACUACAUGGUCAACACGCUGGACCCGGUCGCCGAGGAGACGCACAUCGCGGACGACAACCCCUACUACUACGUCUGCAUGGCGGGCAAGUUCUCGCGCAAGUGCCACCCCGAGUACCUGCGCCCAGAGACGCACGCCAAGCUGUCGCGCCCGCGCGCCCUCGACGGGCUGCGCAUCCACACGGACGAGCUGGAGGAGGUGAUUGCGCGCAUCACCCCGGGGACGCUGACCGUCGCCGUGGUCAUGGACAGCAUGGACUGGUUCGACACGGGGUCGCAGGCCGCCGCGCAGCAGGUCACCAAGCUGAACCGCGCGCUCGCCAUGGGCGGCCGCGUCAUGCUGCGCUCCUCGGCCCUGAGCCCCUGGUACCUCAAGGUGUUUGAGGGCCACGGGUUCACGACCAAGCGCCACGGCGGGCGCAUCGACGGCGCGUGCAUCGACAGGGUCAACAUGUACGCCAGCUGCUGGGUGUGCACCAAGACGGAGAACCUGCCGCCCCCGACGCCCGAGAUGGACCGCAUCGGCGGGUCUGAGAUUACCAGCCUGACGAUCUGA